AGCCUCGUAAAAGCCGAGCAGCUGCAAGCGGGAGCUUUUGACAUCACAUGCAAGCUCCUCCUGCGCUCGACCUCCUCGCUCCCCCCCCCAACCUUAGCUCCCCUCUUUUCCCGCCCCUUCUACCUCCCACCCUCCAAAACAAAACAUCUCCUCUGGCGUGAGGCGGCUGGGAAGCCCACAAGGCGAGGGGGAAUGAGGGAGCUCGAGAGCCGGAGAGGCCGCCGGAGCAGCGCGCUGCCUCUCGGGGGCUUUUCCCUUAGCUGCGAAAAGGCCGCCUUCGACCGCGUCUCUGGGGAGUCCCGCUGGCGCUGAAAAGGACCCGCUUGGCCAGGCGCGUCAGCCAGCCAGCCGCCUGAGAGCGAGCGAGGAGGACGGGCCGACGGCAAGCGAGGCUGCGCCGCCGUCCCCUUUUGUUUCUUUCCCCCGCGCGCCCAGGAGAGGAGCUGGGAAUGCCGAGUGGGUUGCAAAGGUGAGGGCGCGCCGCCUGCCUCCGCCCGGGCUGGCGUGUCCCCGCGCGCCUUCUCCACGCGCGCGCGCGCGCCCCCCAUAUGCAGACACGCGCGCGGCGGCGGCGGCGGGGGGGCGAGCGGGAGCAGGAGGCGAAGAUGGCAAUGUCCGUGAUCCAAGCGUGCCGCAGCCUGGCUCUCUCAACAUGGCUGCUUUCCUUUUGUUUCGUGCAUCUGCUGUGCCUGGAUUUCACCGUGGCCGAGAAAGAGGAGUGGUACACGGCCUUCGUGAACAUUACUUACCCGGAUCCUGGCGCGGGUGGCGGCGGAGCAGGCGGGGAGUUGCGUAGCGAGAAGACCGAGUGCGGCCGCUACGGGGAACACUCGCCCAAGCACGACGUCUGGGGCCAGGUGGUGAUGACCUCGGCGGCCGCCGACCGGCUAGCCUGCGACCCCAACGCCAGGUUCGCCGGGCCCGGGCCCGGCAAGGUCUGGAUCGCGCUCAUCCCCAAGGGGAACUGCACUUACAAGGAUAAGAUCCGGCACGCCGCCGCGCAAAAUGCCUCGGCCGUGGUCGUCUACAACGUGGGCUCCAGCAACGCCAACGAGACCAUCACCAUGCCUCCCGCAGGUACAGAAGAUGUUGUAGCAAUAAUGAUCCCUGAGCCAAAGGGGAAAGAGAUAGUGAGUCUGCUGGAGCGAAAUAUUACUGUGAUGAUGCAUAUAACAAUUGGAACCCGAAACCUACAGAAGUACGUUAGCCGAACCUCUGUGGUAUUUGUCUCCAUCUCCUUCAUUGUGCUGAUGAUCAUCUCCUUGGCAUGGCUAGUCUUCUACUACAUUCAGAGGUUUAGAUAUGCAAAUGCUAGAGACAGAAACCAGCGCCGUCUCGGAGAUGCUGCAAAGAAAGCAAUCAGCAAACUGCAGGUCAGAACGAUAAGGAAAGGCGAUAAGGAAACGGAACCUGAUUUUGAUAACUGUGCAGUGUGUAUUGAAGGUUACAAACCGAAUGACGUCGUCAGGAUCUUGCCCUGCCGGCAUCUCUUUCACAAAUCUUGUGUAGAUCCAUGGCUACUAGACCAUCGCACCUGCCCUAUGUGUAAAAUGAACAUCUUAAAAGCACUAGGGAUUCCGCCCAAUGCAGAUUGUGUAGAUGACAUACCUCCAGAUUUUGAAGCUUCUAUAGGAGGGCCACCAACUAACCAGAUUACAGGAGCAAGUGAUAUAACUGUGAACGAAAGCUCUGUAGCACUGGACCCUCCUGUCCGGACAGUUGGAGUACUACAAGUCAUCCAGGAUGCAGACCCUCUUCCACAGACUGGGGAAAAUAACCUCAACACAAGCAGUGAGCAGGAGCCAGCCGUCAGUAGCGAUUCAGAUAUUUCGUUGAUCAUGGCAAUGGAGGUUGGACUCUCUGAUGUAGAGCUUUCUACUGACCAAGACUGCGAAGAGGUGAAAUCCUGAAAAAGCAGAUCAAAAAACCCUUCCACUAAACUAAAGGGCAGUAGUGGGGAGGGGAAGGAAAAGAAUUAAGUUCUGUCAGAUUUGGACCACUGGUGUACACAUGCAUUCUCGUUCACACAUGUACACACACACACACGUAACCAUACACACGUCCAGAACGUUUUGUGAACUCCAGUACACUCCAUUCUAGGAUGGUCAUGAAAAGCAAUAGCAACAGACGUGUCUGCUUGGAUGCAAUUUCAUCAUUAACUCUGUGUGUCCAUUUCACUGACACUUGAAGGUGAUCAGAAGAGUUAUUCACCUUCUUGGUGGUUCAUAACGAUGUAACUGAAAAGAAAGCUGAUGUGUUUUCUACCUUUCUUCAGUCCCUGGUUGUUGUUGUUUUUCUUAAGCAGAAGAAGGCACUCCAAGGUGAUUAUUUAUAGCUUGUUUCGGAUGGACAUGUAUUUCUUCCUCUCAACACCCCAUCACCACCACCCACUUUUUCAAAAGCUCAGCCCAGAAAUCUGAAUAAUUUUAUGGGUCACCAGGUUUGUGAAUGAGGUAAACAUGGCUUUGGAAAGAAAUGGUGCUUCAGAGGUCUUGGUUUGAAGCUUCUUUUCAUUGUGGUUUUAGUGGGAAAUCUGUGCUUCCAGGUCUCCCAGCCAGGAGGUAGGUGACUGGAUUUACUGAAGUUGGUGACUUGCUACUUAAUGUUAUUAGUUCCCAUUCAGAGUUUUAUGGCUUGCACAUAUGAUACCAAGUGAGAGAAGAUGAAGAUGCUGCUGCUGAUGGGAUUAAAAGCCAGCCUGUUCUUGCAGCCUAUUUGCUAUAUUUUCUGUCAUCACAAAUCUCAUUCCUUAAUGGUCUUCCCUAUGAUUGGUAUGUAAUGAGAUUCACUUUCCUUAUUCUGAGGUAUUUCACUCAGAUUUCCUACUGGCCAUCAGAGCACUGAAGUUCAUUGAAACUGUUUGCGGUAAGGGGAAAAGAGAACAGAAAUUACUGGAAGUGUGGGGGAAGGAGCUAGGUAAUGUUGGUCUCAAUAGGAAAGUUACAAAUGGGCUGAGGCUAUUUUUUGCAUAGCCACCUUUACCACCACCUCUAGUUCACUCUUGCUUCCUCUGUUCAUAGGUGAAAACUCUUCCUAUUUCCAAGGUCCCUUUCAGUCAAUAGGGGUAAGAAUGUGCACACACUCCACCAAAUGUACAGCUCUGUGCUCAUUCUGCUACAUGAAGGGCCAGUCAUCCAAUUCAGGUAGAGGACAUGUGUUCAUGGGUGACAGCAAAAGCACACGAGGACUGAGAUUAUUCCCUGCAUAACCUUUAGUCAGAUGAAAAACUACCACAUUCAGACCUGCAUUGAAGCAAUUCACUAGUGUGCACAAACAGUGGGAAGGAGGCUCAGGGGCACUUUUACUGGCAUGUGUGAGAAGAUACUCUCACAAAAUGUUCUGUUGUUGUUCCUGGUAUGGAAGUCAACUCUUGCUCCCUGGCUUCUGAACUCACUUGGUUGUAGAUCCUCAGUGGGUUAAAGAAAAUGAUGAGGCUCUUCUUCCCAUGUCAUAUUUUUGAAUUGUAAUAGAAACCAGAAACAUUCCAAAACAAAUUGUCAGUUUCAACUGCAGGUGUUGAAAAGGGUUGGGACUGGGACUCAAGAGAUCUUGCAUUGUGCUGUAGUUUCAGGGGAUUUGCUAUUGAUGCAGAGGGCAAUUGUAUAUUUCAAUCAAAAUACUUAAGUGUUAAGGAGGACUUUUCAGCUUGUUGUCUUUCAUAAAAGGGUAUGCUAUUACUCCUGACAAUAUGAACAAUGAUUUAAAUUGCAGUAGGUAAAUAGGCUUAGCACUGUAGCCUGUGCUUAAAAAAAUACAAUCGAAACAGAAUCUAUUAGAAUUCCUGCAUUAGAGUAGUACUAAAAGGAUUGUUCAGAUAUAACACCAUCAGCCCAUAGUUUGGCACUUUGCAAACAGGUCCUGUGCUCACAUGCUCCCACCCACUCAGUGGCUAGAUUUUGCAGGGGCUGGCAAAAUGGCUACAGCAGCUACCCUCUUCAUUUCCUGAGGGGAGCCUUGCUAUCGGUGGUAGGAGCUGAAUGUCUAUCCUGAGGAAAGGGGAAUACACGCCUAAGGGGCUUAUUCAUGUAGCACCAUGAAUUUGGUUUGGUGUUCCAUCUGAACAUAGCUGUAAAGUUUUCCCUUUUCUCAUGAGGAAGCCUAUUCAGCGUAAGGGAAUUUCCCUUUAAAAAAGGGAGAACUUGACAGCUAUGCAUCUGAAGCAACCCUAAGUGUUACUAUGGGGCUGUUGUAAUUCCCCUAUUUAGAGCAUUGCUUUCAGUGAGCUUUAAAUCACUUUGAAAGAUCAUGCCUGCCUCAUCAUGUUGAAGGCUUAUGUGUGGGAAGGUGGGCACCUUUAAAAAAGAAAAGCUGCCAUCUUCUACUUAUUCUUUCAUAAUCUCAUUUAAAUUAAGCCAAAAUAAAUGUGUGAGGACAAAUUGAGACCUAUGUUUAUUGCUGUUUCAGGCCAACUUCAGACUGAGAGGGUCAAGCUUUCAAAUUAGGCUUUUCAUACCUCCAGUAGUUAUGGAGAAGAGAGAAUUUUGGCAGGUGUAACUUACAUCGCACCUCUACCAGGUUUUGUAAAGCUGCACCUGUGAAAACAUACUCAAUUUUUCCAAGUGUUAAAAAUGUAGGAGCCUUAAGAUGGAAGCAUUUGCCAUCUCUGGUCUGGAAUUCACAUUUCCCUGUGCUCCGGUGUGGUUGGGGAUGAGUUUUAGGGGGAGGUCCAUCUUCAAUUUCAAUUUAUUAUUUAUGAGGCAUGUCAGGAAUAUCAUAUUCAGUUAGAAAGAAGCAAAGCACAGUCCUAAUCUAGUGGAGCCACCUUUUAAAGUGGGUUUUCCAUGCAGCCCCUCUUGAGCCUAUAUUGCUAUGUGGUUCGCAUGAAUAUAGCAAGAUCGCAAAUAGUAUGUAUCCAUCUAGCUGUGCUGUAAGUUGUACUCCAACCCCAUCGUUCUGCGCGGACACUGAGGUCGUGCCGAGGGCCUUCUGGCUGUUUCCGCGCUACGAGAAGCCAAGUUACAGGGAGCCAGGCAGAGGGCCUUCUUGGUAGUGGCACCUGCCCUGUGGAACACCCUCUCACAAGAUGUCAAAGAGAAAAACAACUACCAGACUUUUAGAAGACAUCUGAAGGCAGCCCUGUUUAGGGAAGCUUUUAAAGUUUAUUAGAUUAUUGUAUUUUAAUAUUCUGUUGGAAGCCACCCAGAGUGGCUGGGGAAACCCAGUCAGAUGGGCGGGGUAUAAAUAAUAAAUUAUUAUUAUAUUAUUAUUAUUAUAACCUCUUACCAUGCAUCCAGAGUUGCACUGGCAAAAGCUGGCUUCGUCACGGUGAAUCUUCCUACCUCUGUUCCUCCUGUCUCUUCUGUAAUUUCAGUGUUAUCUGAUAGCUUUCAGCACCACUUUUAUGUCACUUCAGGUAUUGGAGGUUGUUACUGUUGCAUCUACAGUACUAAUGCUCGGUUGACAGAACAGCAUGAGUUGUGUCACCUCACCAAAACCACCACCCUUUCAGCUUAUUCUGCCUAGUUGCCCAUGCAGAAGUGACAGGGAGGAAAAGGCUAAUGGCCAACUCCCAAUUAACAACAUAUUCAUCCAUCUCAUUUCCCCCUGCCAAAAAAAAUGUAGAAUCCACAACGAGUACAAACCAUAAUUCUGGAAACAUUGGUUCUUUUGACAUGCAUCUUCUGCUUUAGGAAGCUGCCUUGUAGCAGGUCAGAUUGUUUGUCUAUCUGGCCCAUUAUAGACUAUUCUUGAAUGGCAGUGGCUGUCCAGGGUCUCAGGCAAAGGUGAUUUCAGUUACCUGUUACCUGGUCUUCCUAGGAAUUGAACCUAGAAACUUCCCGCAUGCAAAGGAUGUGCUCUGCACCCUUUCUUUGGGAGAUCCUUCAGGGAUAAUUUGUUAUUAAAGUACAGAGACCAGGCCUUUAUUUACUGGAGGAUGAUAGCCUUUAAACUGAUAUGGAAAUAGCAAAAACAAAACAAAAUAGUCCUAGAAAAUCAAUUAAAUGUCACCUGUACUUCAGAGUUUUUUUCAGACCCUUGUAUCCAAAGAAGUUUCUUUUGGAAAAUGGAUUCAUGUCAAAUUUCAGAGAGAGAUUCCAGCCUUGUAAGUGACUGGAACUAUGGCAUGGAUUGAUUAGGACUGAAAAUAGAAGGCCGGGAGGAAGCUCAAAGGUGCUUGGGUGCCUCCUCCUUCCAGAUGUGCUCUAGCCUCAGAAUGCCUAGGAGGAGGCAAUAGCCAUCAUGUGAACAGAGGAGUAUGAAUUGCAUUGAAUCUCUUUGCUGUAUGGCAGGUAUGGGGAACCUCUGUCAGAACUGCAACUCUCAUCAGUCCUAGCAAGCGUAUUCAAUGGCCAAGGAUGAUGGGAGUUGUAAUUCAGCAAUAUCUGGAGGACCAAUAACUAUCAUUAGUCAGAGUGAGACAGCUGCUGAGGAACAGGGAAAUGUGGCAAGGUGCUGUGCCUGUUCCACAUGGCCUGCCCUUCCCCCUCCUAAGCCAACCCGCUGUUCUCAGGUGCAGUGGAAGCUUCUGUCCCACUCCCAGCAUUGAGAUCUGAUUCAGCUGCCAGUGUAAUCAGCUUUCGUGCAUGGAUUGAGGAGAGGUGCGAUCUUUUCCUUCAGCUGUUGCUGCAUCAAGAUUUGAGUGUGAGAACUCUUCCCCCAAAGUCAUAUGAUCUUUGCCCCUUUGAUCAAAUGCCCCGAGCCCAGGAUCGUGGUUCUCUACCAAUGUAUAGCUCUAUUGUCUUCACCAGUGUUAAGAAUAGGUACCAUUUUAACUUUGACCUUCCAGUAUUCCCUCCCAGACCUUGCUAUAUGAAUAUGGCUAGAGAUGUUUGCAUUGCACAGUAUAAAGGCAGUGAACAACCUGAUGUUUUGCCCAGUUGUUAGCCCAGGAGUUCAAUUAGAAUUCAAGCCCUCAACUUUCUUCCUCCAGUAUUUCUACGCUGCUAUCAAUAGAAACCACCUCACAGACAUUAACAGCAGUGUCACUGCCAUGGUCAGUCACCUAGAGUGUGCCUUUACCAAGAAACACAUGGGGUGGCCUGAGAACAGGCACCGUCUACGGCAGCCAUACAUGGGCUAUUCCUGUACCACCCUGAGGCUGCUGGAGAAGAAGCCCUAUUUUUGAUCAGCUGUGGGACGGCUUCUCUUGGGAACAAGAGGAACCAGCCUAAAAGAUACAAAAGGAUCAGGCAGUUCAGGAAAUGUAAUGCACACCAUGGAUACCUUCAUAAGCAGAUAUGACUGAUGGCUGUAUUUCAUGAGUGUGCAGUCUAGCCCUAUGCAUUUCUCCUGGCAAAGAAAGACCUGCAUUCUGCAGGGCUUAUUCUCAAGAAUGCAUGCAUCUACAAGCGGGCCUGUUAUAAGUAGGCAGAAGGCAAUCCAUUAAAGCAAGGGGUUAUUUGAGGAAAGGCUGAGCUUUAGUAAAGUUGUUUUUAAAUAUAUAUAUAUAUAAUAAUUGGAGCAGUUGAUACAAAGCAACUUAGGUUCUUUGUUUUGACAAACAGUUGCAUAAACUAACUGAUAGUUCUGCAGUAGUAACAACAUGAGAGAAUUUCUAGUCUAGGAGGGUCUUUGCAUACCAGAUGGUGUUUGUUAAUGCAUUGUACAGCAAAGUAGAAGAGCGCCCUCUGCUGUCUGACUUCUAGCCGCCAGAAGCUCACUUUUAAUUCUCAUAGAUCCAGCAGCUGGAAAUCUGUCACUGGUAGAAAUGUUAAUUCUUUAGUGGCCGAGAUGGGGGGUGGGGAAAGGAUGUACCCGCUUGGCUAUAACAAUAAUGAGACGGGAAAAGGAUCGUAGAUGCCGAAAGUGUAAUAUAGCAUCAUCUUACGCUCGUUUCUCUUCAAAAAUAUUUUGCUUUCUGGUCAAAACUUUAUCUAGCAUAGAAGGAAUUAAAAGAAGAAAGAGAAUGCUGUCAUCGCCCCCUCCCCCUUAUUUGCUAAUUUUAAAAUACUGCCUAUUUUUAAAGGCAUCAGAUGAUACACAUGUCUUUGCCAUGAAUGUAUAUGUAUAUGGUUAUUACAGAUGUGAAAUAUCAAAAGUGUUUUUUAACAUGUACAUAGUAUCACCUUUUCUUCCUGUUUUCAUGUUAAGCAACCUGAGGCUAUAUACCAUUUUAUAAAUAGAAUGAAAUGUAAACUAGGGGUUGGGGUGGGAAGGGCUGUUAUUUUUAUAGAAAGAUGUUCCUUGUACCUCGUGAGCAUUUUAAAAUGAUUUUGUACUUGUCAAAAUAUACAUUCCAUCCAUUUCCUGAAAAUAUUUAUUUUUUAUUUAAAGUAGUUUUUGAACUAAAACAAGACGUCCAUUUGGUAUAACAUUCAUCCAUAACGCUAAAAGUAUUUGGUUUACAGUAAUUGCUCCAAAGUUCUCUCCUGUUGUGUCAUGUAGCAGAAUGCACACCAUACCAGCAAAUGCCAAUAUUUUUUUAAAGGUAGAUAAAUGAAUAAAAAUACUCCUUUUAUGCAGUUAUGUUGAAAUUAUUUCUACUUACCAAAACAGUGUUUUACAGUAGAACACUCUUAAAAACAGUUCAUUCUCCUGCUAUUUCCCCCCUGAAUUUAGAAUGUGUCAGACAAAAAUAGUUUGAACAAUCAGUCUGCUGUGAAAAGCAGUUGUGUUCACACAUGCAAGCUACUCUGCUGUUUAUAGCAGAAGUUGACUGUGUACACCACUGAUUGGCUGGCUCCCUGUGUUAUCACAAGGCCGGUUCCUCCAUUUGCCAAGCUGUUUAUUUCUUUUUAUUAUUGUUAUUUCAAUAAAUGAUUUUGUUCCUUUAAAAUAAGUAAUGCAACCAAUUGGAUGCUCAGUUUAAUUGGAUGCUCAAUUCAAUUAACUUUCACAGUGUUCAUUAAACACUAUAAUGUUCGCAUACAUAACAAAACAUCCCUGCUUUGACAGUGGAAGCAAUUCAUCACCACCUAAAUCUCACCUUGAAGCAGCUUAUAAAGGAAGGGUAUGUGUGUGGCAGAAAUCAUCAAGAUUACCCAAUGACAUUUGCAUAGGCUUUUUUUUUAUCUUAACAUAUUUUGGCAGCUGUGAAUUGUCUGCCUAUGCGACGCUGAAAUAGUUCUGUGAAGAGUUCAUUUUACGACACAUUCUGUACAGUAUUGCAAAUGUAUUUCAACUGCUAGUGAAGUUGCUGUUACUUUAUUAUGCAUCCUUAUAUAUCCCACCCUCCCCUUCCAAUGCACUUUAUAUCAUUUGGAAAAUGUGGGAGUCUGACAACUAUCAUAUAUAAAGGGAUUUGCCUGAAAUCAAGUGGCACAAAUAUUGAUAUUUUAUUUUAUUUUUUUAAAGCAUUACUUUGGUUAAUUGUGUCCUCACUGUCCUUUACAGCUUAGACAGUGACUCAGCUGUGGGAGGAAAUAUGGAGAUGUUAAGGUUGAUAUUGGAGAAACAUUAUUUAGUAGUACAACAUGGCUAUUUUUGUUAUAUAGAGGACUAUAGUGUAAAUAUGUGAGACUGUGUUAUUCUGUAUUAGUAAAAUAUUGCAACUGUAAAA